AUGAAGUCAACGAAGACUAAACCCGCGCAGUCCUCGACACAAGAGGAAUCACCAAAACCUUCUUACGAGGAAUUAAUAAAAAUAAUAAUGAAUCUGAACGAAACGAUAGCAAAUCUAUCGAAACAGUUAGAAGAGGAAAGGCAAAAGAAAAGGAAGCAAGCCAACGACGUCGACGAAAAUCUACCUGAGGAGUGGUCGACCGUUACGCGACCCAAGAGGAAGAACACCCCUAACGCGGUACCUGCUAAAACAAAUGAGGACCCCCCGACGACAUCCACGACAGUACAAGCAGCUCCACGCAAAAAGCCCAAAUUUGGAAACGAGAGGGAUGUACCCAAACAAUCUAAUCCAAGCACCAAACCCCCACCAAUAGUAGUAUACGAAUCGUUCAAAUUAGCCUGCAAUAGUUUAAAAACAAACAAAAAGGAAUUUUUUACCUACACUCCAAAACAGGAUAAGGUGACGACGAUCCUUCUAAAGAACUUAGAAGGAGAAUUUGACCCGGACACUGUACUGGAACACUUAAAAAGCAAAAACAUCGAUAACGUAGUAUUCAAAUUCGUUAAAAAGUUCACAACCCAGAGAUCAAUUAAAGAGGGCCGAAAUCUCCCAAUAUACUUAGUUCAAAUCUCACAAGAAAGCAAAGUCGAUAAUCUAACACAAAUAAAAACAUUGCUACACUCAUUAGUAUCGUGGGAAAAGUUAAUCAAAAGAGAUCGCAUCCAGUGUAAGAGGUGCCAACGAAUUGGCCACGUGGCAUUUAACUGCAAUUUAAAAUACAGAUGUGUAAAGUGCAACGAUCCGCACAAUCCAGGAGAGUGCCCGCGCACCAGUAUGACAGAUGCUCAACCCUAUUGCGCAAACUGUAAACAAUUCGGACAUCCAGCCUCUUACAGAGGAUGCCCGAAGCUAGUUGAAAUCAAACAAAAAAUCGAGGAUAAAAAGCAACAAAUGAAAUUAGCAAAAGAAAACAAAGAGAAAUUAGUCAAUAAAUUAGUAAGACCGAAUGUAUCAUUCAGUGCAAUAGUUUCAAACACCAACACGCAUACAAACUCAUAUCAACAACCUCCUCAACCGCGAGCUCAACCGAACACUAACACUACACCUCACACACCGCUAUUAGAGGAAAUUAAAAACAUCAUCACAGUCACGAUCAAUUCACAAAUCUCUCAACUAGCAGAAAGCAUUGCAGCAAAUAGAAAUAGGAUUAAUAUCAUAGCAGAUGCACUAGAAAUCAGCAUAUAA